AUGAGUUACAAUACUGCCGAUCAUGACUCCAAGAGCCCCGAUGAGAUGAGUUCAGAAGACCGCACCCGCGCCAACAGUUGCGACUCGUCAGGAGGAAAAGACAUGUUGGCAGACAGACGAGUCGAAUCUGACCAGGCUGUAACAAAUCUGGCUCGCACGUUGAGCUCGAAAUCACAUCAAUCACAUGGACAGCUCCCUUUCGCUACGGAGAAGGACGGCUCACUCGACCCUCAUAGCCCUCAUUUUAACGCUAGAGCCUGGGCAAAAUCCUUCUACGAAGUGCGAUACAAUGCUAAUGACGGCGGUGCUCCGCGAGUUUCUGGCGUGGCAUUUAAGAAUCUCAACGUGGUCGGGUAUGGGAGUCCGCUCGAUUAUCAGAUGAGCGUUGGAAAUGCGGUACUGAAGCUGCCGACUGUCCUCGGGCAGUUGUUUGGUGGGAAGAAGCAGAGGAUUGAUAUCCUUCAGGAUGUUGAUGGCCUACUCAUUCCUGGCGAACAGCUCUGCGUUCUGGGACCGCCUGGUUCAGGCUGCUCAACCCUGCUUAAGACUAUCGCACAAGACACCCACGGAUUUGAGGUAGCCCCCUCUUCGAUCAUCAACUACCAAGGCAUUACACCAAAGCAAAUGUCAACCUCCUUCCGGAGUGAGGCCAUCUAUACUGCAGAAGUGGAUGCCCAUUACCCACAGGUCUCCGUGGGCGACACCCUCUACUUCGCCGCCCUCGCACGCACGCCUCGCGAGCUCCCUGGUGGAAUGACCCGCAAGGAAUACGCCAGUCAUCUACGGGAUGUGAUUAUGUCCACGUUCGGCAUUAGUCAUACCAUCAACACCCGUGUCGGCAACGACUUCGUGCGCGGCGUCAGUGGAGGAGAGAGGAAGCGGGUCACCGUUGCAGAAGCAGCAUUAAGCUUUGCGCCGCUACAGUGCUGGGAUAACAGUACUAGAGGGCUGGACAGUGCCAACGCAGUGGAAUUCUGUCGUACACUGCGGAACCAAGGCGAUAUUUUUGGAGUAACGUCAUGUGUUGCCAUUUAUCAAGCUCCACAGGCAGCCUAUGAGCUCUUUGAUAAGGUCACUGUUCUCUACGAAGGAAGACAGAUUUAUUUCGGCCCCGCACAGGAAGCUCGGGGAUAUUUCACCCGCAUGGGGUUCCACUGUCCCGAGGCUCAGACCACUCCGGACUUUUUGACAUCGAUGUCGAGCCCUGUCGAGCGCAUUGUCAAGCCAGGCUCGGAGAACUUAGUGCCUCGGACUGCAGAAGACUUUGCCAAACGAUGGAAGGAAAGCCCCGAACGCCAGGACCUCCUGCGGCAAAUCGAUCAAUACAUGAGUGACCACUCCUUCUAUGCGACGGACUUGGAUCAGUUUGCAUCCUCCCGCGCAGCUGAAAAGUCCACAAAGCAACGGCAAAACUCGCCGUAUACCUUGUCAUACUGGGGUCAGAUCCGUAUUUGUCUAUGGAGGGACUUUCAACGGCUUAAGAAUGACCCCAGCGUGACUCUCGCGAUGUUGAUUGGAAACUUCUUUGAGGCCUUGAUUAUUUCAAGCAUCUUCUACAAUCUCGCAAACGAUACAUCUUCAUUCUUUUCUAGGGGCGCUCUGAUCUUCAUGAUGGUCCUACUCAGCGCCUUCUCUAGUAUACUUGAGAUUAUUGUCUUGUACGAGAAGCGAGUAAUUGUCGAAAAACACGCCCGAUAUGCUCUAUAUCACCCAAGUGCAGAGGCUAUAUCCUCGAUGAUCAUGGACAUGCCAUACAAGAUACUGAACUCUCUACUCAUGAAUCUUGUGCUCUACUUUAUGGGAAAUUUGCGACGUGAGCCCGGGGCAUUCUUCUUCUUCUUUCUAAUUGCCUUCUCUAUGAUGAUGGGAAUGUCCAUGUUUUUCCGCUUCUUCGCUUCCCUGACAAAGUCACUGGAGCAGGCUCUUGCCCCCUCAUCCAUCAUCCUAAUCGCGCUUGUCCUAUAUACCGGUUUUGCUAUACCGGUCAGUUAUAUGCGCGGUUGGGCAUCCUGGAUCCGGUGGCUGAAUCCGGUAUCAUACGGAUUUGAAGCGGCGAUGGUCAAUGAAUUCCAUGGGCGGGAGUUCCUUUGUACCUCUUUCGUGCCCUCUGGACCUGGCUACGAGAAUAUCUCGAGCAAUGAACGUGUUUGUUCAACUAUUGGAGCGGUUCCAGGCUCCGAUGUCAUCCAAGGCACGGCCUUUGUUCGAUCAUUGUACGGUUACGAGAAUAGCCAUCGCUGGAGAAACUUUGGGAUCAUUAUCGCUAUCACAGUUUUCCUUGCUCUCUGCCAUUUGGUCACAUCCGAACUGGUUUCUUCUCACCGCUCAAAAGGUGAAGUGCUUGUCUUCCGUCGCGGCAAAUCUCAGAAAGCCCGGGCAAAGCGAUCUCAAAGUGACGAGGAACAAGUUGCAUCCCCCGGGGGAAAGAGCGAAAAUAUGUCCGAUGAGAGGCCUUGCAUGGUUUCUAGUGUUGAAAAACAAUCGUCGAUAUUCCACUGGGAAGAUGUGACCUACGAUGUCAUGAUCAAAAGCGAAUCAAGGCGCAUUCUGGACCAUGUUGAUGGCUGGAUCCGGCCGGGAACUCUUACUGCACUCAUGGGUGUCUCCGGUGCCGGGAAGACUACCUUGCUAGAUGUGCUAGCAAGUCGCACGACUGUCGGCGUCGUCGGGGGCAACAUGCUUGUUCACGGCCGACCCAGGGACGAGACUUUUCAACGCAACACAGGCUACGUCCAACAGCAGGAUCUUCACCUACACACAUCAACAGUACGAGAAGCACUUGAAUUUAGUGCUCUUUUGCGACAAUCGCCCCAGUACACCCGUGCUGAAAAGCUUGCGUACGUGGAGACCGUCAUUGAUCUGUUGAGCAUGCGAGAAUAUGCCGAUGCUAUCGUGGGAGUUCCUGGAGAGGGUCUCAAUGUUGAACAACGAAAGCGUCUCACUAUCGGCGUUGAAUUGGCGGCUCGCCCUAAGUUGUUACUCUUCCUCGAUGAACCUACUUCAGGGUUGGAUAGUCAGACCUCGUGGUCGAUUUGCAACCUCAUGGAGACUUUAACCAAGAACGGGCAAGCGAUUCUUUGUACAAUUCAUCAACCGUCCGCCAUGUUAUUCCAGCGUUUCGACAGACUUCUCCUCCUAGCCAAGGGUGGCAAGACAGUCUACUUUGGCGGGGUUGGGCAAGGAUCCGAGACCCUGAUGGACUACUUUGUUCGCAAUGGCGGUCCUCCUUGUCCCCCAGGCAACAACCCGGCAGAACAUAUGCUCCAGGUCAUUGGCGCCGCUCCUGGAGCACAAACAAGGAUCGACUGGCCGACUGUGUGGAGAAACAGCUCCGAAUAUCAGGAAGUCCGCCGGGAACUGGCUGCAUUGAGGCAGUUGGCUAGUCGGCCAUCGCCUGUGUCUGAUCCGAAUGACAGGUCGAGCUAUGCUGAAUUUGCUGCGCCAUUCUCUGAGCAAAUAACUCAUGUCGGACGACGUGUAUUUCAGCAGUACUGGCGCUCGCCGUCCUAUAUCUAUUCCAAAGCCCUCUUGACCGUGGGAUGUGCUUUCUUCAUCGGAUUCUCAUUCUUCAAAACGGAAAAUACUCAACAGGGCCUCCAGAAUCAGAUGUUUGGCGUUUUUAUGCUUCUCUUCGUGGUCGUCCAGCUGGUUAUGCAAAUCGUUCCAUCAUUUGUUACACAAAGAACGCUCUACGAGUCUAGAGAACGACAAUCGAAGACUUAUGCGUGGCAGGCUUUCAUUAUAUCCAACAUCGCUGUUGAGUUCGUUUGGAAUACGGUCAUGGCCAUCUUCUCCUAUUUCGUAUGGUUCUAUCCCGUCGGGUUGUAUCGGAAUGCCCAGUAUACAGACACAGUCCAUACUCAAAGUCUAUUGACGGUGCUUAUCAUCUGGGCAACCUUCCUUUUUGCCAGCUCCUUUGCACACAUGUUGAUCGCAGGAAUGGAUAGUGCACAGCUAGCAUCUUCCGUGUCGAAUAUUCUCUUCAUCAUGCUGUACGCGUUCUGUGGUAUCCUCGCUGGGCCUGACGCUCUCCCGCGUUUCUGGAUAUUCAUGUACCGCGUCAAUCCGUUCACAUACCUGGUGUCGUCCUUACUAUCUGCGACCCUUGGGGCUGCCCCCAUGCACUGUGCGGAUAACGAAAUCCUGUCAUUUUCGGCUCCAUCUGGAAUGUCCUGUGAUGAGUAUAUGAGGGACUACCGAACAGCGAAUGGCGGAUACCUUCUUAAUCCUGACGCCCAGGGCAGUGAGCAGUGCAACUUCUGCACCUUUGAUCACACUAACCAAUACCUGUCGAGUCUUAACAUUGACUUUGAGAACCGAUGGAGGGACUUUGGCCUCCUAUGGGUUUAUAUUAUCGUCAAUACCGUCGGAGCCAUUGUGUUCUACAAGCUUUUCCGCGUGCCCAGGAGAAAGAAGGCUAAGAAGGCAGAGUGA